CUUCUCCUCAAUAUAUUCCCUUUCCCCUUCCCUCUCUCUCACACACCUCACUCUCUUCUCCAUCACUUUUUAGCAAACAAAACAGUAGUUUAGACCACAUUCAGUUCUUGCAAGAAUGAGAAAGCAACUUUUCUCCACAAUCUUUCUUUUCUUGAUUUUCAUUCUCUAUUCCUCAGCUUCUUAUGCUCAAAACCCAUCACCAGCCCCAUCAGGCCCGACGAACAUAACAGCGAUCCUCGAAAAAGCUGGUCAGUUUACAACCUUUAUUAAGCUAAUGAAAAGCACCCAAGAAGCUGACCAAAUAAACACACAACUCAACAAUUCAAACCAAGGCCUGACGGUGUUUGCACCACCUGAUAAUGCCUUCGCUAAUCUUAAACCAGGCACAUUAAACUCUCUCACCGAUCAAGGAAAGGUCCAGUUAGUGCAAUUUCACAUUCUACCUAGUUUUAUUGCAAUGUCACAAUUCCAAACUGUUAGCAAUCCCUUGCGUACACAGGCUGGGAAUAGCGCAAAUGGCGAGUUCCCAUUAAAUGUAACAACAUCAGGAAACCAAGUGAAUGUAACUACAGGUGUUGAUACUGCAACUGUGGCCAACACUAUAUAUACCGAUGGCUCGUUAGCUGUUUAUCAGGUAGAUCAAGUUCUUCUUCCGUUAGACCUUUUUGGUGCACCUGCGGCUCCUGCACCUGCGCCUUCUAAGCCGGAUGAGGAUACUCCGGUAAAAAGUCCUGCAGCAGGAAAAACUUCUGAUGAUAGUCCUGCAGAUUCAUCAGCUGCAGCAAAAACAAUGGUGCCAUUUGGUAUUGCAUUUAUUGCAGCAAUUUCUUUGAAGCUAUGAGUUGAAUCUAAGUAGUCUUUCUUUCCCUCUCUUUUUAUAUAAAAUGUACCAUGAUUGCUUGAGACUUUCCUUUCUCUUGCGCUCGAUUUUGUGAUUGUACUUGUUGGUGAUUUUUAUUGGGUCGAUCUGCCCUGUAGAUACAUUGUGUAGUUUCUUUCUUUUCUUGGGUUUACCAAUCCUUUAUGUACCUUAAAAAAUCAAAUAAAAAUUCUUUACAUUUGAUUCAUUAA